UAUUGUAAUUAACGAUAAUGUACAGCUUAUCGUAUUAACUUGUAAUUGCUGCAAUAAAUCUAUUGUCAUCACAUACAUAUAAAUUGUCUAUUAUACUCUAUAUCAUUCUAUAAAUUGCUAAGCCAUGAUCAUAGCUGUAGUUGACGGCGCCAAAAUGUAAUAGAGGAGCAAAGUUCACGUACGUUACACAGAGUAAUCUCAGGUGAACGUGUGAUUAUCAUACAUAUCGAAUAAUGCCUUAUUAUGUGAUAAGGUAAAUAAUAGAUUUUUCAAGUAAUAUGAGAGUUUGCUCUUCUGUAAAAACAUUGGUUAAUUAGGUGGUUUUCUGUGAAGUAUAAGCAAGUGAACAUGAAUAAUCCUAGACUAAAGGCUGAAGUAGUGCUAUCAGAAUCAAAUCGAAAAGUGUGCAUUGAGAAACUUCGGUCUUAUCAAUUACCAAGUGUACAGGAAACUGUUCCAGAAGCUGCUGUUUUAGUCCCGUUAUGUAUGCACAAUGGAGAACUUGGUCUCUUGUAUACUCUGAGAUCUAUGAAACUCACGACCAAUCGAGGACAGGUGUCUUUCCCUGGUGGUAAACGAGAUAAGGAAGAUUCCGAUCUGAUAGAGACUGCCUUGCGAGAAACUUGGGAAGAGUUGAAGAUCUCCAGGGAUAAGAUUGACGUGUGGACUGAAGGGAACAUGAUUGGGAAGACCACUGUGAACGUUAUGCCUGUGUUAGCUUAUAUCGGCGAGAUUGUAGUAGAAGAUUUGGAGAUAAACCAAGACGAAGUAGAGGAAGCAUUCGUGAUUAGCUUGCAGAAACUAUGUGAUCCUGAGCUGUUUCGUUUCACGCGUUUUCGAAAUAUCAAUUUGCCGACUUAUUUGGGCGGCAAGCAUCGUGUCUGGGGAUUCACUGGUGCGAUCACCCAUGUAGUACUCGAAUGCUUGGUACCAAACGUUUACAAAAACGUGUUCCGUUUCUAUCAGCUUCGAGAAACAAAGGCCUCAGAUAUCUUACAUGCUGAAAGUCAAAAGAUGAAAGUCGAAAGAAAGUCAGCUAAUCAGAAAAAUACUUUGUCCAAAAUAUGAAGGUAAAAAUGGAGAUUAGGAAACAAUUGACAAAAAAUGUUCUACAUUCACUUGUACUAGUUGGAAUUGUUUAUGGUAAUCCAUCAGAGAUAUUUUUCUUAAAGUAUCGAACGUGUUUUUAUAUUCUCAUUGAAAUUACAUCGAUUUAAAAUUUAUUUGAAUCAUAUUUUGUUAUUCACUAUUAAUACUGCUUUCAUGAUUGUGAUUUUGUUACUCACCGAUGAACAAAAACGCGCUAACAUUAGCAGUGAAUAACGAAGCAGUCUUUAAUUUAUUAUUAUCUAAAUUUAGACGAAAAAUAGAAGCUAUGAUAAUUAUAUUUAUAGUCAUUAAUCCCAAUUCUGUUGACUCUAAAUAAAAUAGAGUAUUAUAAGGAUAUGCAAAACAAUAUACGGGUACGUUCUAGGCGCAUAUAGGUUCUUCAGGAAAACUUAAAGUAAAUGUAGCUAUAUUUUAAUAUAUAUAUAUUUAAAAAAAAAAAAAAAAAAAA